AUGGAGCCUCGUGAAAGCAAGGGCCAAUCUUCGACCUUCCCAACGCCCCCAGCUGAGGACCCUCCUCCCUUGGAAAACAAUGACACAGAGGAGGAUCAAGGAUGGGACACAGAAGGCGAAGCUGAUGAAAGAUCGGCCACGGGUGGAAAAGUUGACCCAGGAUGGGACAUCGCAGGAGCAGAGGAACUAGAGUGGAGUAGUCCAGAAGCAGCUCCACUCGAAACUCCAAAUGCAGAAAUUCAGGAACCCACGGCAUCCACUGCACCAGAAGUUCAGAAUGAUACUGAAGCUCACAAAAUCUUCCGUUUAAAGAAUAUCCCUCGACCAUGCAAAAUCAAAGCAUUAAGAUACCAUGACAUCUAUGAAGAUGUCGCAGAUCUUAGUGGUAUUAGAAUGUGCUGCGCUUACGUCAAAUCUAUCGAUCCCACACAACCAGCUACCGCCUAUCUCGCGAUCAGAUCCUUUAACGAAAACCCCUACGCCGCAGUAAUGUGCUUCAACAUUUAUCCCGAAGCAAUCGAGGACAUCUUUUUCGAUGUGGAACAAUGUGUCGUAACGGUUAACUAUGAUCCGAACAAAUGUGAAAAAACGAUGCCAAUUGCGUUAGCCCAAAACCCGGACCUGACGAAGAUAUUCACUACUAUCCUCAAGUCCUCAAAUAUCCAAAUCUAUCUAGACAGCCCAGCACCGAUCUUGCGAAGGACGGCGGCGGGGUUCUUGGACGUCUUGCGUGGGAAACGACAAUUAAUGGAGGAAGUCAAGAAGAAAAUCUACGGGGGUGUUCUUCCGGUCCCUAUGAGGUCCCAACUAGUAUAUCAAAGGUGCUGGGAGAUAGCGAUAAAGGAAGAAUUUGAGGCGGAGGCUGCGGCUAUUAAGGAGCGUUUGGGGGGUAGAAUAGGACUCGCUCUGAACUGCGAUAAUAGCGUACAAGUUUAUUACCCUCGGGGUAAGAUGUACACGAACGAAAUCCAUAAACUUGAGGGCAGGCCAAGUUUCAAGAUCCAAUUCCCUAGUGGGAAAACUAUUCAAGCAUUUGCAAAUCCAAAACAAGUCGAUAGAUACAAUGAAAAAGGAUUUCUUGAGCUUUCUCUAUCCAACAGUUCGGAAGAAGACUUCGGAGAGAUAAAAAAGUCGUCCGCCGGAGAAUUAACUCUGAUUCCCCGUGCCUCUGAUACGAGGAAGCGACGAGAAGAAUUUACGAUAAAUGGGUUGAUGAAUGCUCUAAACGAAGAGACUUUGAUAAGUUUCCAAUCUUUGAUGUGGGCUAACCGUCCCACCGAAAUCGGCGAAACUAUCAACAACGAACUUGAGAAUUCCACGAUAUUCAAAAACCUCGACAAGUUCCAAAAAACGGCAUUUCAGCAUAUCCUCCACGAGGAAAAAGAUGCAGGGGAAAUUGUGCUAGUAUCCGGUCCCGCUGGUACUGGGAAAACGUUAACCGCGGCUUCCUCCAUCGUAGCCGCAAUGAAGCACCAGCCACAGAGACUCCCAAUCCUCGUUAUCACUGAGAAGAAUACUGCAGUCGCGAAUAUCUUCACCGCUUGCAUCAAGAUUCUAGGGCAGGAUACCGCUGAUUUCAAUAUCUUAUUUCUUCAAUCAAAGUUCGCUACACUGACGCUGAAAGAACGAAACCGUGAUGUUGCGGAUCUAAUUUACCCUUUUACCAUGAAGUCAAAAAUCAAGGACAAAGGAGGAAAACCGGAGGAACUUUCGUGGACCGAUUUCAAAGCCGAAAUAUUGAGCGAACAAACUAUAGUCUUUACCACAAUUAACCUUAUGUACCAGACUAGAAGCUCCUGGAAAGACUUUUCGCCAAAAAUGCUAGUCUUAGACGACGCGGCGGCAACAACAGAACUAAACUCGCUUUUAGCAUGGUUAAUGUUCCGCCAUUCGAUUGGUAGAUUCGUGCUCAUAGGAGAUGAGGCACAAUUGAAACCGUAUUCUAUUUCUGGAAACGGUCAGAUGCUCACCAGUUUAUUUGAAAGACUCAGAAUAUCAGACUGGCCGACAGCAAAUCUUCAAAUGAAUCACCGUAUGGCCGACGACGUUUCCGCUCUGGCAAAAACCGCGUUUUACCCCAACCGGGAGCUCGAAAAUGCGGAAUCAACCAUGUAUUCUUCAGAAUCGGUUGAUAUACGUGGGGUUUUAGCACAUAUUUUCCCCGGUUCACAAAAAAACGUGAUCUGGAGUAAUAUCACCGGGACUGAGUCAAGAAUGGGACAGUAUACGUACCAUGAUAAAAAAAAAGGCGUCUGUCGCAUUGUAUAUGAACUAGUCGCCUGUGGGAUUAAGCCGAACAAAAUCGCAGUUCUGACAGGAUAUUCCGGCCAACUAUAUCACCUAGGCAAGGAACUAGCUUAUAUGAAGUCGCAAGGCCUACAGGUCCGAAGCAUAGAUGACUAUCAAGGAUUAGAAAAGGAGAUAGUCAUAAUCUCUUUCGUACGUUCGAACAAAGGUGAAACAAUUGGCUUUAUGUGUAAAAAGAACCGACUAUGUUGCGCGGUAUCUCGCGCCAGAUUUGCAGAGAUUCUUGUCGGAAACUUCGAUAUGAUGAAGCUGAUUUGCGAGGGCGAGACAGGGAAAAGGUCCCAAAAGGGAAUGACGGGUUUUAUAAAAGGAGAUAAAAUAGAAGUUUGCGACUUACCAGAGACGACGUCAAUUGAUAUCUCAAAGAUCCCCGCUGAGAUUCCGAAGGAAGAGACCACCGAAAAGAAGGAUGAAGAUGAAGACGAGUAUGGAGAUGAAGAUGAAGACGAGGAUGAAGACCAAGAAAAGGAUGAAGAGGAGGAGGAGGAGGAGGAGGAGGAGGAGGAGGAGGAGGAGGAGAUUGCUUAG